CAUAUACAUAUAUCGCUCGCGAUGGCGGCUUCAGCAGUACCACCGAGACUGUCUGAAGGAGGUCCAUCGACGUUGACACCUGUCAAGAGACCUACUUUCGUCGACACACCGGGUAGAUCAAGACCGUCGGGCGCUUCUCCGGCCUAUAGCUCACGCAAGCACUCGCUGUAUGGUAUAGAGGAUCGAGUGGUAUUAGACCUGGGCUCACGUGUAUGGAAAGUGGGAUUCUCAGGGGAGACUGAACCCCGAGCAGUCUUCUGGGCUCAAGGUGACCGAGAUGAGGACGGUUCUGAGAUUUGGGAUCUCGACAUGAGCAAAUUACAGGGAUGUAGAGGAGACAGGCGAGAGGGUCGAAGGCUGGUCGGCGUGAGGCUGGUGAGAAAGCUACGGGAUGUAUUCAACAAACACCUCAUGUCCGAUCCAAAAUUGAGAAAAGUCAUCGUUGUAGAGAAUACCUUUCUGCCCAUUGCGGUGAAAGAGAUGAUUGCUCAGGCUCUGUUCGAGAAUUUAAAGAUUCCCUCACUAGCUUUCACAUCGUCUAGUCUACUUUCGCUCGCUGCAAGCGGACGAAUCACCGGCCUUGUAAUUGACAUCGGAUGGUUAGAGACGACAGUGACACCAGUGUAUUAUUCUCGACCCCUCUGUCACCUCGCACGGUCAACGCCACUUGCUGGACGCGCGUUACAUAGGCGUCUCAGGGCACUUCUUCACCAUCAUGGUUCGUAUUAUCCUCCCUCUCCGUCAUCAUCAUCCGCAAGACCACAUCCAGUCCGGCCAUCACGCGAUGUCCUCAAAGAUCAGCUGAUAGAACGUAUCAUCACGGAGGCAUGCUUUGUUGUACCUGCCCUUGCCCGUUUGGGCCCAUCCAGACCGACCGACCGACCCAGCGAUCCACCAGUCGAGGAGAUGGACGAUGUGUUAUUAAUGGACAGUCUCAAGUCUCGCUAUCAGAUGGCCUCCGUCGCCAAAGAUCUGACAUUCUCUGUCCCUGCGGGCAGCUCCGGGCUCCCUCCGGGGGAGCUGGUGGUACCUGGCUGGAUCAGAGAACGGGCAGCUGAGGUUCUAUUUGAUGACGAUGAUGAGGGAGAAUCAGACGGGCUGGCAACUAUCGUCCUGCAGUCCAUUCUGAAGCUACCUGUCGAUCUCCGGCCUUUGCUCAUAUCCACGAUACUCGUGGCGGGGGGCACAUCAUCACUAUCAGGAUUGAUACAACGGCUCAGGAUAUCUCUGCUCAGCUUGCUUCGACCGCCACCAGAUUCGUCGAGAACCGAUAACAUGGAAGUUGACCAGCCAGUGAAUCCGCUACGCUUAGAUUCAAUAGCCGGGACUGAGAGCCCGAAGGUGGACUCGAUACGCGGCCGUAGGCGCAACCUCGAGCCGUAUAGCUCUUUGUAUCCCUUGGCGUCGAAGCUGGCAAUCCUCAAUGAUCCAUCGCCAAUGGAAGGCGAAGGAGCGCUCAAGAAUGCUGGCGUAGCACCUAAGUGGACGCCUGGACUCCUCAGCUGGGUAGGCGCGUCGCUGGCCGGAGUUCUCAAAACCUCAGGGCCUGCGAUGCUUUUGGAAGACUACGAGACGAGACUGUCUACCUCGGCGUCUCGCGGUCAAGUAUAUCGCCAAGAAUUGGAAGAGACAAGAGCCGAACUGGCCGCCUCGUUUGGUCUCAGCCUCGACGAAUUGAGACCCGGCGAAGCUGUGAACGAUGUCAAGAGGGAGAACGAGUACCUGAGGCGGAAACGAGGUUGGAGAGACAGCGUCAUAGACGAUUGGACUCGAGGAGUGUAAUCAAGCGUCGCCACUGUGUCGAAUGCCUAUACCUUUGCAGACCCAUCCCUUGGCAAUCCUUUCAUGAAUCUCCAAGCUCAAAUUCGGCCACGUAAUCGACCGGACUAGGGGAUGACACCCACUUCGGGCGAAGUAGGGCCGGACCCUCAGAAGGCCGCGAGAGAUAGAAGGGUGGAGACUUCUGCAUACCCUUUCAGAUAGUCAGUCCUUUCUCUUCUGACAGUAAACAUUGCUCUAUAUAAAGGCCCUACAUGUUCUCCAUUCGCC